AUGGAUCAUCUAGAUGAGAAUUCCAUCCUCUCAGACAGUCGACAUGGAUUCCGAACAAAGCGUUCCUCCACUAUCAAUGGACUGGCUCGGAAUCUUGGAGGUAAAGGUCAGGUGUACACGUUAUUCUACUUGACUUUUAAAAAUAGUCCCCACCAACAGCUAGCUCAUAAGCUUAUCUACUGUGGGAUUCGAGACACCACUCUUCAAUGGAUUACAGACUUCCUAACAGGUAGGGCACAGCAAGUGCUUCUGGAGGGCCAUACUUCAACAACUGCACCGAAGCUGACAGGAGUGUCACAAGGGACAGCCUUAAGACCUACACUAUUCCUCCUCUACAUCAAUGAGCAACCUGAAGAAACGCUGUCAGAUGCUCACCUUUUUGCAGAAUAA